UUUAUAUUAUAAAAAAUAUAUUUAUUCAAUUUAAUAGAAUAGUUUUACACGGAAGGAAUUAUGGCAUCACCCAGUGCUUAUAAGAGAUUAAUGUUAAAGAUCGCUUCGGUCUUACCCGAGCAAUUUCGCGCCGCAUUUUUGCAUCCUGCAGGUCCGACAACCGUAUUCUUUUGGGCGCCAACAUUUAAAUGGGGUCUGGUUAUAGCGGGUAUAGGAGAUAUUAAUCGACCUGUAGAUACGAUUUCUCUCAGCCAAACCGCGAGUCUUAUGAUUACAGGUGCUAUUUGGUCUAGAUACUCACUGGUCAUUAUACCAAAGAAUUAUAAUUUGUUCAGCGUCAAUUUAUUCGUUUCUGUCACGGGAGCAUAUAACUUCAUCAGAGGAUUAUUAUAUCAAAUGACGCAAAAGUAAAUGGACAUCAUAAAUAUACAAAUCAUGAAAUUAUUAA